ACAGCCCUAGCAACCCUGGGCAGCGGCCGGUAACUAAGGCUGUGUUGACAUCGAGGCAGAUGCAGCGCGGAAUCAAAGGCAUCUCCGCCAAACAGCGUGAGAUCAAAGUCAACUCCGCCGAACAGUGUGAGAUCAAAGUCAACUCCGCCGAACAGUGUGAGAUCAAAGGCUGGUUCUGCUACCACCGGAAGUGCCUCCACGAGCGAUCUGAGCUUGUUUACUUGGAGAGCCAGCUAGCUGUUAGCUGUUAGCUGAAGAAGAGCCAACGACUCCUCUGAGGCUCAGGUCGGAUUCUCACCUGGACGAGGAGGUAGAACACAACCAGGAUGCAACUGAAGCAUCUGCAGACGCUGCUGACCCCGCAGGAGGGAGCUGCCAAGGUGACGUGCAUGGCCUGGGCACCGAACAACAGCAGGUUAGCCGUGUGCACGGUGGACAGGGUGGUGCUGCUCUAUGAUGAGCAAGGAGAGAGAAGAGACAAGUUCUCCACCAAACCUGUGGACUCCAAGUACGGGAAACAAAGCUAUGUGGUCAAUGACAUGGCGUUUUCACCGGACUCCACCAAAAUCGCCAUCGGCCAGUCCGACAACAUCAUCUUUGUCUACAGGAUCGGAGAGGAUUGGGGUGACAAGAAAGCCAUCUGCCACAAGUUUGUUCAGACAAGUGCUGUGACCUGCCUGCUGUGGCCUGCAGAGCAUGUCAUCGUUUAUGGUUUGACUGAUGGAAAGGUUCGUCUCGCGAAUACUCAGACGAACAAGUCGUCCACGUUGUACCGCACCGAGUCCUGUGUCAUCUCCCUGGCUCCCAAUGUGACUGGUAACGGCUUCCUGUCGGGUCAUGCUAACGGGACAGUAGCUCGUUUCUUCUUUGAUAAAGUCCCUGGGGAGUCUCAGGGCGAGCUGUUGAAACAUCCGUGCCCCCCCUACGCCCUGGCCUGGGGUUCAAACAGCAUCAUGGUGGGCGGCUGUGACAAGAAGGUGGUGGCCUACGACCGAGAGGGUCACAUCCUGCAGACCUUCGACUACAGCCGCGACCAGAGUGAGAAGGAGUUCACUGUGGCUGCCACCAGCCCCAGCGGACAGUCGGCUGUGUUCGGCAGCUACGACCGAGUGCGGGUGUUUAACUGGGAUCCCAGGAGAAGUGUGUGGGCCGAGGGAAACCCUAAAGAGAUUCGCAACAUGUACACGGUCACCAGCUUGGCCUGGAAGAAAGACGGAUCCCGUCUCUGUGCGGGAACCCUGUGUGGAGGAGUGGAGCUUUUAGAUUGCUGCCUGCGAAGAGCCAACUAUAAGAACAAGUUUGAGCUGACCUACGUUGGUCUGAGCCAGGUGAUCGUGAGGAACCUCUCCACAGGAACCCAGGUGGUCCUGAAGUCCGAGUACGGUUAUGAGAUCGGAGACGUGAAGAUCAUGGGAAAGGAUCGUUACUUCGUGGCUCACACGUCCGACACUCUCCUGCUGAGGGACCUGCAGACCAGUAACUCCAGUGAGGUGCCCUGGCCCAGCUCUGGAGGAAACGAAAAGUUCUUCUUUGAAAAUGAAACCGUGUGCAUGAUCUUUAAUGCCGGGGAGCUGAGUCUGGUGGAGUACAACAACAACGACAUCCUGGGAUCCGUCCGAACCGAGUUCAUGAACCCUCAUCUCAUCAGUGUCCGAAUAAAUGAGAGGAAGCAGAAAGGAGUCCAGGACAACAAGAAGCUGGCGUAUCUGAUCGACCUGAAAACCAUCGCUAUCGUGGACCUGGCCGGAGGCUACAAUCUGGGAACCAUCAGCCACGACUCCAAGAUUGACUGGCUGGAGCUUAAUGAGACCGGACGCAAACUGUUGUUCAGGGACAAGAAGCUGCAGCUCCACCUGUACGACAUCGAGUCGGGACACAAGGCCACGGUGCUGAGCUUCUGCCCGUACGUCCAGUGGGUGCCGGGCAGCGAUGUGGUGGUGGCACAGAACCGAGGAAACCUUUGCAUCUGGUACAACAUCGACAGCCCCAAGAGCAUCACCAUGUUCCCCAUCAAGGGGGACAUCGUGGACCUGGAGAGAGUUGAAGGAAAGACGGACGUGAUCGUGAUGGAGGGCGUCAACACGGUGUCCUACACGCUGGACGAGGGCCUCAUUGAGUUUGAUACGGCUGUCGAUGAUGGAGACUAUGACAGAGCGCGAGCUUUCCUCGAGACUCUGGAGGUGUCACCAGAGUCUGAAGCCAUGUGGAGGAAGCUCAGCCGACUGGCUCUGAAUGCACGGCAGCUCCACAUCGCAGAGAGGUGUUUCGCUGCACUGGGCGACGUCUCCACACUUCGGUUCCUGCACCAAACCAACCAGAUUGCAGACAAGGUGUCCAGUGAGAUGGACGGAGAUGGGACGUCGUUCUACCAGGUCCAGGCCAACAUGGCCAUGCUGGACAAAGACUUUGAACUGGCGGAGGGACACUACACGGAGCAGGAUGCCGUGGAUGAAGCCAUCGAGAUGUACCAGGAGCUGCACAUGUGGGACGACUGCAUCGCUGUGGCUAAAGCUAAGGGUCACCCGGAGCUGGAGACCUUGCGUGGGAACUACUACCAGUGGUUGACGGAGACGGGUCAGGACGAGAAGGCCGGCGAGCUGAAGGAGAGUCAGGGAGACGUCCAGGGGGCGAUCAACCUCUAUAUGAAGGCCGGGCUCCCGGCUAAAGCUGCCCGCCUCGCCAUCAGCCAGCCGGAGGUCAGCAACGACACCGGCAGCCGCAUCGCCGCUGGGCUGAUCAGAGGAGAGUUUCAUGAGAGGGCCGGAGACAUGUUUGACAGGAUCGGGAACAACCAGCGAGCGUUGGAGUGCUACUGCAAAGGAGGCACCUUCAGAAAAGCGGUGGAGCUGGCUCGCCUCGCCUUCCCUGCCAAGGUGGUGAAACUGGAGGAGGACUGGGGGGACUGCCUGGUCCAGCAGAAACAGAUGGACGCCGCCAUCAACCACUUCAUUGAAGCCGGCUGCUCCCUGAAGGCCAUCGAGGCGGCCAUCACAGCUCGCCAGUGGAAGAAGGCGCUCUACAUCCUGGAGCAGCAGGAGGACGCCGCGGUCGGGAAGUACUACGUGAAGAUCGCUCAGUACUACGCCUCCGUUCAGGAAUAUGAGGUGGCAGAACAACUGUUUGUGAAAGGAGGUCAAAUAAAAGAGGCGGUGGAGAUGUUCACCACAGCAGGACGCUGGGAGGAGGCUCAUAAGUUGGCAGUGACGUGCAUGACCGAGGAGGAAGUGGUGGCUCAGUACGUGAGCAGAGCUCAGGAGCUGGAGGGAGACGGGAGGUUCAAAGAGGCCGAGCGGCUGUUUACCACCGUGAACCAGCCGGACCUCGCCAUCACCAUGUACAAGAAGAACCGCAUGUUCGAUGAUGUGAUUCGCAUGGUGGCCAAGCAUCACCCCGACCUGCUGAGCGAGACCCACCUGCUCCUGGCCAAGGAGUUUGAGGCCGAGUCCUGGUUCUCAGAGGCCGAGCAUCACUUCAUCGAGGCUCAAGACAUGAAAGCUGCCGUCAACAUGUACCGAGUGAACGACAUGUGGGAGGAGGCUUACAGGGUGGCAAAGAGCCACGGAGGAGGCGGGCUCCAGAAGCAGGUGGCCUACCUGUGGGCCCGCAGCCUGGGGGGGGAGGCGGCCGUCAAACUGCUCAACAAGUUCGGCCUCCUGGAAAACGGCAUCGAGACCGCGUUGAAUAACUUCUCGUUUGACUUUGCCUUCGACUUGGCCCGACUCGCAUGUAAAGAGAAGAUUCCUGAGAUCCACCUCAAACAUGGCAUGUACCUGGAGGACGAGGGAAAGUUUCCUGAAGCCGAGAAUGAGUUUAUCAAAGGAGGAAAACCCAAAGAAGCUGUUUCCAUGUACGUCCACAACAAGGACUGGGCCAGCGCGCAGCGGGUGGCCGAGGGCUUCGAUCCAGAGAGCGUCUCUGAGAUCCUGGUCGGCCAAGCCAAGUGCUGCUUUGAACAGAAAGACUUCCAGAAGGCCGAGGGCUUCCUGCUCCGAGCCCAGAGACCCGAGCUGGUCGUCAACUACUACAAGGAAGCAGAUAUGUGGAGUGAUGCCAUGCGCAUCUGUAAGGAGUACCUCCCCUUCAAGCUGUCCGCGCUCCAGGAGGAGUACGAGAGGGAGUCCUCCAAAAAAGGAGUCCGGGGGGUGGACAGUCUGCUGGAGCAGGCCAGGGAGUGGGAGCAGUCGGGGGAGCACUCCCGGGCCGUGGAGUGCUACCUGAAGGUGAAGGACGACUCCAACACGGAGCUGAUGGUGAAGUGUUGGUUGAAGGCAGCAGAACUGUCAGUGAAGUUCCUGAGUGGAGAUCGAGCGGUGGAGGUGAUUCAGGUGGUCGGGCCGCGACUCGCACACCUGGGGAAUUACAAAGCUGCCGCCGAGCUGUAUUUAAACAUGGACUUGAUCAAAGAGGCGAUCGACGUGUUCAUCGAGGGCGAAGAGUGGAACAAGGCCAAGAGGAUCGCCAAGGAGCUGAAGCCCAGGUAUGAAGAAUACGUGGACCAGAAGUACAAAGAGCAUCUUAAGAAUCACGGGAAAGUGGAUUCUCUGGUGCAUGUGGACCCGAUGGCCGCUCUGGACCUGUACGCGAAACAAGGCCAGUGGGAGAAAUGUCUGAGCACAGCCUCCAAACAGAACUUUAAGAUCCUCCACAAGUACGUGGCUCUGUACGCCACCGACCUCAUCAAGGAGGGCGACGCUCCGGCCGCUCUGCAGCUCUACCUGCAGCACGGGGUGCCGCCCAACCCGCAGAACUUCAACAUCUACAAUCGUCUGUUCCUGGAUCUGAUCAACCUGCCGGACACCGACCGGCCGGAGUCGUACCGCCUGUGGGCCGACCUCCGCAACUUCCUCCUGCAGCUGAGCGAGAACGUGUCCAAGUCGGCCAAGGCCAACUCCCCGGCUCACGAGGACUUCAGCCAGAUGCUGCUCAUCGCUCACUACUACGCUGCCCGGGCCGCCGCCAGAGGAGUGGAGCAGCUGGUCAGCGUAGCAGCCAAACUGUCCACGUCUCUGCUGCGUCACACUGAGCUCAUUCCUGCAGACAAAGCUUUCUACGAGGCCGGUCUGUUCUGCAAGGCCGCCGGCUGGGAGACGAUGUCCUUCAUCUUCCUGAACCACUUCAUGGAUCUGUGUGAUGCUAUUGAAGAGGGGACGGUGGACGACCUCAACUACUCGGACUUCCGCGACACAGACAUCCCAGUGGAAGUUCCAGUUCCCACCAAGCUCUGCAUCAACGAAGCUCAGCGGGAGGAGAUCCGUAACCUGCUGCUGUCGGCCUGCAUGGAUCACACCAAGCAGCUUCUGCCCCGAGACGAGAGGAACUCCUACGUCGCGUCGCUGGUGGACGCAAACACCGGCCAGCGCUCACUGCCCUGUGUGCUCACAGGCUACCCAGUGCUGAGCAAUGGGAUCAACUUUGCGUCUGUGGGAAAAACAGCGAACAAGGACGACUGGGACAAAUUCGACAUGGCCACCAAGACCACUCACAGUCCAGAGUGUCAGGACGUCAUCAAGUUCAUCGGGCGGUGGUGCGGCGGCCUGCCCUCCUCCCACUGACCUCUGCUGCUCCCGCUGCAGCUCUCUCCUCCACCUCUUCUGUGAGGUUUGAACCUUUCUCCAUCCGUCCGUCCAUUUUCUAUCUUUAGUGAGUCUGUUGAAAAAUGAUAAUUCUGAAAAAACGAAUUCCUCUGCUGCUUUCUGUUUCUCUCUCAGGAUGACGUCUCUGAAUCCAAAGGUUUCUUUGACUUUGACAGUUAGAGGAACUAAUGUGUAUAGUGUGUGUGUGUGUGUGUGUGUGCUUCAGAGUUUAUUGUGUGUUUAAUAUGUAAAUGCGUUUUGUUACAUAAAGUUUAAAUGACAGAGUUUUUAAACGUCGUGCCUUUAUCACGUGAUGCUUGAUGAUGUUGGUUCAUGUCAUGAAUUUAAAACAUCUCAGUAAAACAGUUUGAAAUCAGGUUCAUAUCAAAUAAACACCUGAAUACAGAAAGACUGAUGAGGUCACUCCUACUGUCUAGAAACCAGAUAUCAACUCUCUCUGUUUAAUCGUUUCAAACGUUAUAACCUGCUGGUAACACUGGGAAAUUAUAUUCAAACUGGUUUUUAAUUUACAUAGAGAUUUAAGGUGUCUGUUUUUUUUACAUAUACUGUAUGUUCUGGUUUUAUAUAGAUGUUUAGGUUUUUACAUGCAGACUUUUAAGUGUUUGGAUUUUUGUUUGUUUAGAUUUAUAGAUUGAAUGUAUUUCAAAUAUAUUUUUACAUACAGAUUUUGAGCCCUUACAUGUAUCUAUAGGAUACUGAAAAAAGAUGUUUAGUACAAAAAGGUACAUAAACAGAUUUCAGUUCAUUUCUAUGGUUCUUUAAAACUAUGUGUCAUUAUAUUUUUAUUUUAUUUAUUUAUUACCCAAUAACCAAAAUGUUUUCCUAAAUGUUAAGAUGUAGAUAAAUAUCCCUCGUUGUAAAUAAACAAAAGAAGAUCUUCAAGAAGACAAAAAACAGCAGAUUUGACUUAUUUGUUUAUUUCAUCAUUUGUCAUUUUUACAAGACACAGUAUGAUAGAGAAAAUAUAUAUAUAUAUUAUAAACAAUUCACAACUUACCUCCAUUCAUCACUAUAAUCUAUUUCAUAUUUUGGUCUCAUCUAAAAUAUUAUAAUACAAACCUUUUCCAACUGGCUCAUGGAAGUAAAAUGUUUUUUAAAUUAUUCCAGACAGAGUUUCAGGAAAUGUUUACAGGAAAUGUUUGCUGCCCUUUCACAUUAAAAGUAUGAAA